AGCAAAGACGAAUAAAUUAAACCAAAACAAAGCUCAAAGCCCCCAAAAAACUCUGAACAAAAAUUCAAGCCAAAAUCGAACUCAGAUCCGAGCAGAAAAAUCGCAGAAGUCGUCCGAUUUUAAACAGCAAAAAUGGAGUCGGUAUUCGGUCUGGUUGGAAAGGAUUUCGCGAUAGUGGUGGCGGACUCAUCGGCGGUCCACAGCAUUCUCGUGCACAAAACUAACGAGGACAAGAUCAUGAUUCUAGAUUCUCACAAACUCAUGGGCGCAUCCGGCGAGACUGGCGAUCGGGCUCAGUUUACGGAGUAUGUACAGAAGAAUGUAGCAUUAUACCAAUUUCGUAAUGGCAUUCCUCUGACAACCGCCGCCACUGCAAACUUCACCAGAGGCGAGCUUGCAACUGCCUUGAGGAAGAACCCAUACAUGGUGAAUAUCAUCCUGGCUGGAUAUGACAAGGAUGUAGGCCCUUCUCUCUACUUCAUCGAUUACAUUGCCUCCCUUCACAAGGUUGACAAAGCAGCAUUCGGUUACGGUUCCUACUUUGCACUCUCCAUGAUGGACAGACACUACCGCCGGGACAUGACUGUUGAAGAGGCCAUCAAGUUGGUCGAUAACAUCAUUAGUGAAAUCCGUAGUAGGCUGGUUGUAGCACCUCCAAACUUCUUAAUCAAAAUCGUGGACAAGGACGGGGCAAGAGAAUAUGCGUGGCGUGAGUCCGUCAAGGACGCCCCUGCCCCUGUUGUUGCAGCAUGAUUCUGCUGACUAGUUUAUCAGACUUUCAAUCCUUGUUGCUGGACUUUGCAUCUGUUUUUAAUAUGUAAUAUGCCAAGAAUUCUUGCAGCUUGAGGAAAUUUAGGUGCACUUAUUAGUAUGAACUGCGUGGAUGAGAUUUCCUCUUGUCUAAGAGAAGGACAUAUCAGAGUGUGCUUCCUUAUUGUUUUAGCAAUCCGUUUGUUCAACAUUAUAGUUUAUGUUUUAACCCUUUUGCCCUUUUCAA